UUAUGUUUUUGGUGAAUAUUCCAAUGUAACACAAACACACACACACACAAACACUCCCUCUCUCACACCUAAUCUAUACAUUUAUCAUCCCUGUAUCUAUCUAUCUAUCUAUCUUUAUCAUCAUCAUCAUCAUCAUCAUCAUCAAACCCUAAUCAUCACCGUCAUCUUAUCCAGUCAUGGCAUCAUCAACACCACCCACUUUGACCACCGCAAAGCCAUACCAAAACCACCGUAUCCAACCCAUCCAAAACCACCACCACCACCGCCGCCAACCAGUUCAAAGAAAACCCGCCGGAGCCGCCGCCGGAGCUUCCAGUAAACCGCCGGCAGCCGUACCCGGCACCGUUUCUUCAUCUGGGUCGGCUUAUCUUCCCCCUAGUUACAUACCCAUAUCAUCAAAAUCCGAACUUGCUGCGGAUUUUUCGGGCCGGAGGUCGACCCGGUUUGUUUCCAAGAUGCAUUUCGGUCGGGUCAAGACAAACGGGUCAAGCCGGCAUUCGGUUUUGGCUGAAGAUGCUUUACAUGAAUUGAUUCGGUGUAGUGGUGAUGAUCGGUUAGUUGAAUCUGUUUUGAUUAAUUUUCAAAAUAAAUUAUAUGGUUCUGAUGAUUAUAAUUUCUUGUUAAGAGAAUUAGGUAAUAGAAAUGAAUGGUCUAUGGCUAUACAUUGUUUCGAAUUCGCGGUUUCUCGCGAAAGACGUAGAACCGAACAGGGGAAACUAGCUAGUUCUGUUAUUAGUGUCCUUGGUAGGUUAGGUAAAGUCGAAUUAGCGAAAAAAGUGUUUGAGACUGCUGUCAGUGAAGGAUAUGGAAACACUGUUUAUGCUUAUUCUGCUUUAAUUAGUGCUUAUGCGAAAAGCGGGUUAUGUGAUGAUGCUAUUAAGGUUUUUGAAACCAUGAAGUUGUCAGGGUUGAAACCGAAUCUUGUUACCUAUAACGCGUUGAUUGACGCUUGUGGGAAGGGUGGGGCUGAUUUUAAACGGGCUUCGGAGAUAUUUGAUGAUAUGUUGAGUAAUGGGUUUCAGCCCGAUAGGAUUACUUAUAAUUCGUUGCUUGCCGUUUGUAGUGGUGGUGGGUUGUGGGAGAAGGCGAUGAAUUUGUUUAACGAAAUGAGUUAUAGAGGGAUUGAGCCGGAUAUUUAUACUUAUAAUACGCUUUUGGAUGUUGCUUCGAGUGGCGGACAUAUGGAUUCUGCUUUUCAGAUAAUGGCGGAAAUGCCUACUAAGAAUAUUAUGCCUAAUGAGGUCACUUAUAGUACGGUGAUUCGUGGGUGUGCUAAAUCCGGGAGGCUGGAUCAAGCGUUAAGUUUGGUUAGUGAAAUGAAGUAUGCCAACAUUCGUCUUGACCGGGUUUCUUAUAAUAAUCUUUUGGCUAUUUAUGCUAGUUUGGGUCGGUUUGAAGAAGCUUUAAAUGUCGUUAAAGAAAUGGAAAAUACGGGUUUUAGAAAAGACGUUGUGACUUACAAUGCUCUUCUUGAUGGGUUUGGGAAGCAGGGGAGAUACGAUAAGGUUAAAGAGUUGUUCAAAAGGAUGAAAACCGAACGGAUUCCUGCUAACUUAUUGACUUACUCGACUCUAAUUAGUGUGUAUUUAAAAGGCGGGUUAUACCAAGAGGCUACAGAAAUGUACAAGGAGUUUAAGAAAGAAGGUUUGAAGGCCGAUGUUGUUUUCUACAGUGAAAUAAUUGAUUCUUUGUGUAAGAAAGGGUUUGUUGAAUCUUCUGCUUUAUUGCUCGACGAGAUGACUAAAAAAGGGAUUCAACCAAAUGUUGUCACUUACAAUUCCAUCAUCAACGCUUUUGGUCAGUCGACAGAUGUUGGUUUUGCGAUUGAUCACAAACAAGAGAUCCAGUGUCUAGCAAACGGUGAUAAAAGACCUGAUAACAGAGACGAAGAUAGGAUUAUCAAGGUUUUUGAGCAGUUGGCUUAUGGGAAUUUGAAUAUUGUUGAGAAGGGUGGCAAGGGAAGAAAGGAGAUAAUAUGUGUCUUGGGAGUUUUUCGGAAGAUGCAUGAGAUGGAAAUUAAACCAAACGUGGUCACAUUUUCGGCUAUUCUAAAUGCUUGCAGCCGCUGCAGUACAUUUGAAGAAGCUUCAUUAUUGUUGGAAGAACUGCGUUUAUUUGAUAACCAAGUGUAUGGAGUGGCACAUGGGCUACUGAUGGGUCAUCGAGAAAACGUAUGGGUUCAUGCUCUCUCUCUUUUUGAUGAGGUGAAACGUAUGGAUUCUUCAACUGCAUCCGCCUUCUAUAAUGCUUUGACCGACAUGCUAUGGCAUUUUGGACAGAAACGAGGUGCCCAACUGGUAGUCCUUGAAGGGACGCGCAGACAAGUAUGGGAGAACACGUGGUCUGAUUCUUGCUUGGAUUUACAUCUCAUGUCUUCUGGUGCUGCUCGAGCCAUGGUUCACGCCUGGUUGCUAAAUAUAUGCUCAAUUGUUUAUGAAGGCCAUGAAUUGCCAAAUCUAUUGAGCAUUUUAACAGGAUGGGGUAAGCACAGCAAAGUAGUAGGCGAUUGUGCGCUUAAAAGAGCCAUUGAAGCUCUUCUUGGCAGCAUGGGUUCUCCUUUUAGGAUUGCCACAUCUAAUAUCGGCAGGUUCAUAUCACCUGGGCCCAUGGUAGCUGCCUGGAUGAGAGAAUCAAACACCCCAAAGUUGCUUGUUCUUCAAGACGACAGAGCUUACCCUAAAACCGCAAAUUUGCAACCACUUUUAUUAUAGUAUUCAAGUAUUGUGUGUUUAUUUAUACCCCCCCACUUUCUGCCUUUCGGUGGUAAUUUUGUGUUAUAAAGGGGAACGGAUUGUAAGAGUGGUAAAUGGUAAUACAAUGAACCAUUUAUCAAUGUAAAUUGAACUUAAUUAAAACAGUAAAUAUGUUUUAAAGUUGCGUCUCA